AUGGCGGGCGGGGUGCAAGAAUCCAACGAUCUUCUGCGGAGGCCUUUGUACUUAUUUGACUUGCCGCCAGAGUUGCUCUUGAGCCUCCGCAGUCGAGAUCUGACGGAAACGUCUCCUGAGCCUGGGUUGGGUGAGCAGGUGCCACGGUCGAUAGUAGACUCUGUAGGGGUUCCAGAUGAUGCGCUUCCUUCCUCUACUUCUUGUGCACUCUGCCGGGCAUCAUUCUCAACUGUCAUCGACCAACGUGGACACGUUAAGUCGGAUUUUCAUCGAUACAAUCUGAAGUUGGCAUUGAAGUGUCUGCCUUCCGUCAAUGAGUCUACCUUCGACAGACUUAUAGGAGAUCUCGAUGAAUCUCUCUCAGGAUCAGACUCAUCCGACUCUGAGUCCGAGGACAACCACGAAGAUGGCAAACCAUCUGAUUCGGCCCUGACUGCCCUUCUCAAACGUCAGGCCAUAAUAACUCAGCAGGAGGAAGACAACGGCCCGUCUCUCCAGCAGAAGAAAAGAGGUUCUGGUAAUCCUCCCCUCUUAUGGCUGUCAAGUUCUAGACUGCCAGAGGUUGUGUCACUAGGAAUCUACAGAGCAUUGCUUACCGAAGCGGACUUACGCAAGGAUUUGGUUCAGGUCAUCAAAGAGAAGCAGCUCAAGCCAGUGCUUGCCAAGCAUAGUGGUUCUGGAGGUCAAACAACUCCCCAGGCUUCUGGGCCACCCACUCCUCACUAUUUCCUAUGUAUGAUUGGAGGUGGUCAUUUUGCGGCAAUGAUCAUAUCACUAGCUCCGCAGAUUCGAAAAGGCCCUGGAGGGCAUGAAGAAAGGCAUGCAAUUGUCAAAGCACACAAAACCUUCCACAGGUAUACGACACGGCGGAAACAGGGCGGUUCGCAGUCUGCUAACGACAAUGCAAAGGGAAAUGCACAUUCCGCCGGUUCGUCGAUACGUCGCUACAAUGAGAUGGCUCUAGAAUUUGACGUCCGCGGCGUGCUAGCAGAAUGGAAAGAGAUGAUUGAAAAGUCUGAGCUACUUUUUAUCCGUGCGACAGGCACCACCAGUCGAAGAACUCUCUAUGGACCCUAUGAAUGUCAGGUCUUGCGGGCUACUGAUAGCCGUAUACGUGGCUUCCCAUUUAGUACACGAAGAGCGACGCAAGCUGAACUGCUAAGAUCUUUCACAGAGCUCACCAGAUUGAAGGUCAGCACAAUCUCGCAAUCUGCUCUCUCGGUAGACGCAGCAGACCAAGAAAAGGCCAGCAAGCUCAUUAAGCCGAAAGCCAUGGCUCGCGAGCCCCCACCAAAGCCAAAUAAGGAGGAAGAAGUCGCUCUCAUGCAUACUUCCCAGAUCCAGACCCUGAUCCGACGCAAUAAAGCUCCUGCUCUUCUGACUUAUUUGAUGAACAAUAAUCUAUCGUCCGACUAUACCUUCUUUCCUUCCCAUGCGUCUCAACACCAUCAUGCACCGAACGCUUUGCACUUGGCUUCAUCGAACAGCUCUGCCGCUGUCGUGCUAGCGCUGCUGACAAAAGCAAAAGCUGACCCUACUCUAUGUAAUGGGGAUGGCAAAACAGCAUUUGACGUUGCCGGCGACUCCAAAACACGAGACGCUUUCCGUUUAGCUCGUCACCUGUUAGGAGAAUCUGCUUUUGACUGGAAAGGUGCCCAUAUUCCGUCGGCCCUUUCUGAAAAGGAGGUUGAAGAUCGUCAACAGCUUGAGAAGGCACAUGAAAGUACGGCAGAGGCUGAACGUCGCAAGGCUGAUCUCGAAAGGCUGCGUCAUGAAGAAGCAGCUCAGAGGAUCGGUCGGAUUGAAAAGAAAGCUGGGACUGGAAAGAGCCUGGGAAGCAGGGACAAGACGGGGGCUGAGAUCAGAGAAGAGGAAGGGAGAGGGCUGACGCCCGAGAUGAGGAUGAAGCUGGAACGGGAGAGACGAGCUCGUGCUGCGGAGGAACGAAUGAAGAGAACGCAGGCAGGUCGUUAG